ACGCAUUUGGCGCUUGCUCGAUUCGCCGUGUUUUAUCCAUCGGAGGAUGGCAACAUCGGAUCUUAAGAGAACGUCUUGCGUUGCCCAAACACGCUUGGAACGAAAUCUUGCCACUUGAAUCAAGUCAGCACGAGCAGUCUAGCUACCGGAAUCUUGGCCACCACCCUCACUUAUUGCUUUGGCGAGGUCGGGUUGAUACGCUAUUGAGUCAUUGACUCUCGAAAAUGAAACAAUGCACUGCUCCCUUGAUGGAACGACGCAACCGGUGCUUAACUAUCUAGGGUUGCACUCACCGACAUCGGAUACUUGUGCUCACCCCAUGCCUGAGACCAGAGUGGUCUGCUGGGUUGCGGUUCCGCAUGAAGAUAAAAGGCAGUCUUGCCACUUGCCAGAAUCCUUUCACUCAUCAAUCCUGUCAACCAAUCUCACAUACACAACACUCAUACCGAUAGUACUAUCAUUAAGAAAUCUCCUUCAUUACACAUUUCCCUCUAUAUUUCAGUCUUAAUCCUGACCGUCUUUCUUUCAAUCUAAAUAUUUCAUAUCGAACAAAAUGCGCUGCGUCUUUUUCGUUAUCAUCAGUGUUGGCAUGUACGCUGGCUAUGUUUCUGGCGACCAGACGCCUAUCCCAAGCCCCAACCCAGGAGCCGACACCACAAGCAAGUUGGCGGAUAAUCAGCAGCUACCCCCGCCAGUGCCUAUGGAGUGCAAGAAUACAUACGUACCCGUCUCGGAGCGCGAUAUAGCUGCAAUUGAGAAAGAAGAUAACGCGAAUGACCCGAACAAGAAAGGCUCGGACGCUGCCGCCACACCAGAUGCCGAUUUGAGUAAACUUUCUGAUGAGCAAACAAUGGCUAUCUGCGAAGCAGCGACGGAUUCUAAGCCAGGACUUUGCGAAAUUAAAUCUUGCAAAAUUCCACAGAACCCUGUUUGUACUCAGUGCACCGAAUUGGACAAGGAUAGCAAGGACUUCACCGAAGUGAAAGGCGCAACUCCAGUUGACAAAAUUGAGUGCGAUUCUGGUUAUUCUUUAAAGACCCCAGAAAAUAAACAAAAAGGGAACAUGUGCAUGACAAAGGAAAAAGGCUAUAUGUGCGCUGGGGACUGCCAAGGUACAAUUGCAUGCCAAACGUGCUACACUGACAACAAACCCGCAAACUCUGGAAAACCCAACCCAACCCAGUGAUGGGGAGGAUUUCCUGUUGAUUUUUCUGGUCUUCUUGGCUCAGUUAUUUCCUUUACACAUGAUAAGGGUUGAUUCUUUGAAAAUUUCACAAUUUAUAGAUGGACUUUUUGAACACAUGGGCAUCAUUUGCUAGUGUUGCUUCAUAUCUUUUGAAAUUACACAUUCUCUCAUAAAAUUUGAAUUCUGAGCUAUUUGUGAAUUUCAAAUCAAGUUGGAUCAUAUUUCAAAGACCUACUGAAGACUUGCCAGCAUCCAGUCAUUGGAUAUGGUCUUUGGUUGGAAAAACUGAUUGAAGAAGGAGAAAU